AUGGAAACGUUUCUAAUUUUAGUUUUAUUUGUUUUCAUUAACGGAAUAGCUGGUAGUGAUUACUGCGAUAAGACACUCUGUCCAUCGGGAACACAUAUUGCAUGCGGACAUAAUGGUGACUUUUCUUCAAAGUGUCCCAAAGAUGCCGCCUUGAUAAAUUUCUCCACGCCGCUAAUUUCCACCAUCGUCAAUGGAUUUAAUGCGAAACGAAAUUUUAUAGCCGGAGGUGGUCAUCACAACCACAAACCUGCCUGUCGUAUGGCCACAAUGCAAUGGGAUCGAGAAUUAGCCAAUUUAGCCGAACUAAAUGUACGGCAAUGUGAAAUGAAAAAGGACGCAUGUCAUAAUACAAAAGCAUAUUCCAACUCAGGACAAAAUUUAGCCUGGAUGACGUAUCAAAAGAUAAAGAAACCAAAUUAUGAAAAACUAAUUGAAAAUUCUCUACAAAUGUGGUACGAUGAAGUGAAUCAGUGUAAAAUGGAAUUUAUUAAGAAAUAUCCACAACAACAUACCGGAGCUGUAAUUGAACAUUUCACAGCCAUGGUAGGUGAUCGUAACAAUCGAGUAGGUUGUGCGGCCUCCACAUACUCAGUGUCUAAUGAAGACUACAAUGUAUUUCUAAUGGCAUGUAAUUUUGCCUACACGAAUGUUAUUGGCCAACCUGUCUACCAAGAUUGUCCCAAAUCUACACUGGAAUGUAAUACAGGAAGAAAUUCAAAAUAUCCCCAUUUGUGUUCAGAAUCUGAAGAAUUUAGUGUAAAAUAA